AUGAAGAAACGACUUCAGGUGGAAACCGAUCCGGACUGCGGCUCCGCCGUCGGCCGCGGUGACUUCCUGCUCUCCGUGAAGAAGACGAGGAACAGACAAGGACCCCAAAACCUCCUCAAAGGUCCAUGCAAACCUCUUCAAGACGCCUACGACCUCGUCAAGGAUGCAUUCAACCUGCUCAAAGGCUCCUACGGCCUCGUCAAGGAUGCAUUCAACCUGCUCAAAGGCUCCUACGGCCUCGUCAAGGAUGCAUUCAACCUGCUCAAAGGCUCCUACGGCCUCGUCAAGGAUGCAUUCAACCUGCUCAAAGGCUCCUACGGCCUUUUCGAUGACCCCUUAAAUGCCGACAAUCUCCUUAAAGAACCUCGCAACCUCUUUAAGCGACACAGGGAGGCCCGCUGGAGUUACGUCACUGGUGUCGGUUCGGUGCUCGAGUCGCGUGCGGACCGGAAGCGUCCAGUGAUGUCAUCGCUCCUCCUCUUCCUCCUCUUCCUCACCCUCGGCCGGGCCUCCGCGCUGGAGUUCCGUUACCACAACAACCGCGAGAUCGAGGAGUACCUGGUCCGGGUCAGCGGCGCCAACCCCGACGUCACGCACCUGUACAGCAUCGGGCAGUCGGGCAACGAUCCCAAAGAGCUGAGGAUGAAGAUGAUGAAGAUUAAACAUCACAUGACCGGGAUGGACAUGGCGAACAGCAACGGCGUGGACCUGAACAGGAACUUCCCCGAUGCCUUCGCUGGACUCCGGAAGCUGCCGCAGCUGCAGGAGGCGCAGAGGGAGGCCGAGGUCAGGGCUGUGAUUGGCUGGUUGAGGACCGAGAGUUUUGUUCUCUCGGCGAACCUUCACGGAGGAGCGCUGGUGGCCAGCUACGCAUACGACAACAGCAACAGAGGCAGCGAGCUUGUGGGCGGAGCCAGCGUCACGCCGGACGGCGACGUGUUCCUCCACCUGGCCCAGGUGUACUCGCUCAGCCACGCCUCCAUGCACCGCGGCAACGUGUGCAGCGGCAGCGGCCCGUUCCCGGGCGGCGUCACCAACGGUUACCGCUGGUACCCUCUGGCAGGUGGGAUGCAGGACUAUAACUACUUGUGGGCUCAGUGUUUGGAGUUGACUCUGGAACUUUCCUGCUGCAAGUUUCCUCCCGCCGGAGAACUUCCUGCUCUGUGGACGGAGAACAGGAAGUCGCUGCUGGCCUUCAUCCAGCAGGUCCACCUGGGGGUCAAAGGUCGUGUGGUCAAUGGCUCCGGAGUGCCGGUCCAGAACGCGGUGGUGGAGAUCAAAGGUCGCAAGAAUAUGUCUCCAUUCAAAACCAACCAGCACGGAGAAUAUUACAGACUGCUGCUGCCUGGAAACUACACUUUCACAGUGACGUACCCAGAUCACGAGGUUUUGACGGAGACGCUCAACGUGCCUCACGGUCCCGAUCAAUACUCCGCCAUGAAACACGACUUCCUGUUACGCCAAAUCCCCACGACGACCAGCCUCACCCCGGCUAACCUCAACUCGACUAACGCCACCUCGGCCGGUAACCAGGAUGUAAACCUGGAGGUGGGCGGAGCCUCCGCCAGGCCCACGUGGACGGGGCUGAGUGUGGCGCUCGGCCUGGUGGCGGCGCUGCGACCGCUGAUCGGCUGAAGCGGCGUGACGGUCGUCGGUUUGAACUCUCAACGUGAAGGGAAACAAAGAAAGAGCAGAAGCUGGCGUUCUAGUCUCGAGAUGUUUUCUGCUCUUCUUCAUCGGUGGAGAUUCCCUCAUCAUAUUUAAUGCUGGCGUGUUCAGCAGCUCUCGUUGGGGUUUAUUACUUUCUCUGCCAGGAGGACCUCUGCAUAUCUCGACCUUCGGCUUCAGCGAACUGCUUCAUAUUCUGGGCUGACAUUAUGAGCGAAUGCUGAAGGAAACUCUUUCUCAAAACACCUUUUUAUUGCCUGUUUAACACGACUCCACUUAACUCAGCUGAGUACGUCACCAACUCCUCUUAACUCAGCUGAGUACGUCACCAGUUCCUCUUAACUCAGCUGAGUACGUCACCAACUCCUCUCAACUCAGCUGAGUACGUCACCAGCUCCUCUUAACUCAGCUGAGUACGUCACCAACUCCUCUUAACUCAGCUGAGUACGUCACCAGCUCCUCUUAACUCAGCUGAGUACGUCACCAACUCCUCUCAACUCAGCUGAGUACGUCACCAGCUCCUCUUAACUCAGCUGAGUACGUCACCAACUCCUCUUAACUCAGCUGAGUACGUCACCAGUUCCUCUUAACUCAGCUGAGUACGUCACCAACUCCUCUCAACUCAGCUGAGUACGUCAACAUCUCCUCUUAACUCAGCUGAGUAUGUCACCAACUCCUCUUAACUCAGCUGAGUACGUCACCAGCUCCUCUUAACUCAGCUGAGUACGUCACCAACUCCUCUCAACUCAGCUGAGUACGUCACCAGUUCCUCUUAACUCAGCUGAGUACAUCACCAACUCCUCUCAACUCAGCUGAGUACGUCAACAUCUCCUCUUAACUCAGCUGAGUACGACACCAGUUCCUCUUAACUCAGCUGAGUACAUCAACAUCUCCUCUUAACUCAGCUGAGUACGUCACCAGCUCCUCUCAACUCAGCUGAGUACAUCAACAUCUCCUCUUAACUCAGCUGAGUACGUCACCAGCUCCUCUCAACUCAGCUGAGUACAUCACCAGCUCCCCAGUUGCUCCUCUGCGCUAACCGCCAACCGCUAACAGGACCACCAGUGCACUCUCGGCUGAGUACCUCGCCGCCACGAAGCCGCAUUUAGUUUAUUGGCGAGAUUGCACGAUGUGCCUGCUGCGUACAUCGCCGCUUGUUUUUUUUGUUUAAACUAAAUGUUAAAUGACUACUUUUGAUUUUAGACAGGCAGG